AAGGAAGAAGAAGGUGUGUGUUUAAAAAGGGUGUGUUGCUGCUGCUGUUAGAGUAUUUGAGGCAACCUACAGGACACAGUUUCAGAAAUUGUGAGCAGACCUUUGCUGAGAAUCACUCCAGGUUUACGACAUUGGUCAGUCACGUACGGUGUGGAGAUGCAGAACAACAGCAGUGUGACUAACUUUCAGCAGCUGCAGGAAAGAUGGACCACCCUGCUGAACCGCCUUCAUGAUGACCCAAAGGUAACCCAAAAUGUAACACAGGUGAUGGAGACGAGGCUUGGGCAGUACCUCAGCAGCCAUCCUGUCUUAGCUCUCACAGUGAUGGUGUUCGGUGUUAUGGCUGCACUGCCUGUUGGACUUUUCCUUGUUUUUGCUCUUGUGACCAUUAUUAUGUCAGCAGUAGGUUUUAUUUUCUUUGAGGUGUUCCUGUUGUUUGUGGGAGGGUUGACUCUGCUGUGUGUGCUCUCUGGCCUCGCCUUCUUUGCUGUUAUGGUUUCAGUCAUCUUUAAUGUUUUUUAUAUCACCAUCUUCAACAUCCUCAACUACUACGACUCACGACUGACAAAGCAACAUAAAGUCCAGGGGAAGGAGAAUAAUUGUGAAUCCUCAAAACUGAAGGAAAUGCAGUAGCUCUCUUCGUCUUCUCUCAACUUUCAUCUAUGGUUUACAGAAAGCUUAAAUCAGCGCUGCUGAAGCUUGAUGGUUGGGAUUCAGAGAACACAGAUGCUUGAAUGUAUGGUGGCUUGAGUCUGGGAUCUGCUGUUGUAACAGAUUUUCUAAGCACAAAGACUGGUGGUUACUGUAUGCCUAAAACCUUAAUAUUGAAAUGAAAAGUGUUAUUAUCUUCAUAUAGUGCAAUAGUUAUAUAAUGUCUACAACAGCCAAUGGCCUGUAAUCUAAUUUUUGAACUGCCUAAUUAUCCAAAUACAGACGCCUUGAUAUAUGUCUGAUCUGUGCAUAUUCUAAAUGCACAGAUCUUGGAAUGGCAGCUCUUUUCUAUCACUAAAGGAAAAACUCCGUUGUUGAUUAUGGUUUUCAGUCUGAAAAUGCCUUUAUAUUUAUGAAUGUUUGCAUUUGCAUUUUGAUAUUUAAUGUUUGUGCCUCUUAGGCAGUGAAGAUGCACUACAAUAUACUGUUACAUGUCUUUGUUUGCUGUUACCUGGAAAAGAACAACCUGCAUUUGUAAGACAGUAUGAA